AUGUCAGAACAAAGCUGUGAAAUUUCUUCCCCUUUGCGUUCUCUACUUUCUAUAAACUUGUUUGAAGACAAAAUAAGCAGUAAUGACAAGUUUGGACACAUGUUUGAUGAAAUAUCUAAUAAUACUAGUGAUAUAUAUUUUAAAGACUUUGAAGAAAACAAGGAAAAUGGUUGUGAAACACUUGAACAAGAUAAA